AUAGCGACUCUCAGUCCGGCUCCACGUGUUCCUUCCUCCCUUUCCCGCGCAUAAUUUGUCUUUCCCACCAUUUCUCCAAAAUCGAACGACAAACCCUAGAUUGCAGAAUCAAAAUCUGAAAUUUCAGUUUUCAAAUCGAUAAUCAGUGAAUAGAUUGAGAGGGAGAAAAUGGGGAGCGACGUUGAUCGAGGGGAAGAAGAAGAAGAAGCGGCGAGUGAGCUGUUGAGAGAUCGAUUCCGACUUUGUACCAUCUCCAUUGCUGAAGCGGAAGCGAAGCAAAAUGGCAUGGAAAUUUCUCAGCCAAUUGUGGCCUGUAUCUCCGAUUUAGCCUUCAAAUAUGCCCAACAGUUGGCGAAAGACGUUGAGUUGUUUGCACAGCAUGCCGGUCGAAAGUCUGUUAACAUGGAAGAUGUCAUACUUUCUGCACAUCGUAAUGAUCAUCUGGCUGCCUCCCUGAGAUCCUUCUCCAAUGAUCUAAAAGCAAAGGAACCUCAGUCUGAGAGGAAGAGAAAGAAGAACCCCAAAAAGGAAAACAAAGCUGCUGAAGAUGUACUCCCUAUUGCUGAUCCCUAGGUCUGAAAUUCAUAUUCAUUAAGUAUGUUGCUUUAGGUACUGAUGGUGUCAAGAAUUUGGGAGUAAGAGGAGAAUGUCAAUUCUUCUUGAGUACAUAUAGCUUGAGACACAAUCCAACUGAUCCAAAGAUAGGAGAAAGAUUCAAUUGAUCUUUCUUUUCAGAAAACGCCCCUUUACGGUAGCCUUAGGGGUUGAAGUAUAUAUACAAUGUACAUGUUUUGUGUUUUAUUGAUGACAAUGGGGUGCUCAAUUACAAUUUAGCGUUCGCAUUAAUUGUUGUCAUGUGGAUACAAUUCGUCAUCUUCUCCAAGAUGAAUAUGUAAAAUAUUAGAUGAUUAUCAGAUCGACCGGAUCUCCUUCUAUGUU